GUUCCCUCACUCCGCAUCCCCAAUGCACGUAACACCCGGCUGACGGAUCUUGGCGUGACACAGAUUCAUACUGGGGAGAACCCGGUCCGGUGAUGCCUCCCGCCGACACGGUCCCAUAUUCGGAUCUGCUUACCGGUCCAAUCGAUCUUGACUUCACCGUCUCCGACCAAGACGAUCGAGCCAAGAUCCCCAAGCACGCGCUCGAUCCUGCUCUGGCGGUCGCGGACAUCGAGUCCACUGCCGACGACUACGUGCUCGAUCUCGUACAGCUGCAAGCCAGCGUGAACCAGAAUAAUCGCGAAUUGGCCGCGAUGAUCCGCAAGGCCCAGUCGGCACUGAAGAUGUCUGACGGACGCGGAGGGCAAGCCGUGCCGAUCCCCGAUUCCCAGUUCAAGACCCAUCUGCAGCGUAAUCUCAAGGCAUCGGAGCAGACGUUGGAUGUCCUGCACCGCAUCAACUCCCAGUUGGCGCCUGGGUCACGCGAGACGCGCCCGCCUUCACGAUCGUACGGGUUAGAUCCGACCCUGGAUCGACUGUACGCCGACUGCGUGAGCCAAGAUCAUUCGUUUGGGGUUGGGGGCGACGAGUUGGGAGGGCGCGCGACGACGCCUCCCGGAGUCUCGGCAGCCGACCCCCAACACAGCAUCCUCGCCUUCCUUGUGCUGACGACCUACCUCCGUCUGCUGCACAACUUUGACGCCCUCAUUUCCAUCCUGCAGGACCGUCUGCGGUGUUCCGCCAGUCUCGACCCGCGGCGACCGCUGCAUCUCAGCGAAGACAUCGCCGCGUCCGACAGCAGCUCCAACCCGCUCCUCGACGUGUCGCUCGGGUCGUUCUCCUUCUCGUCCUCAUCCGCGAGGUCAUUGCAGGCCAUGCUCAACGUGCAGAUGAUCAACACCGUCCUCACGAAAAUCAAAUCCUCCACCCAGCGGAUGCUGCUCGGCUCCGAUUACCUUCCCCCUUCCUCUUGCUCCUCCUCCGCGUCCACAUCGUCCACUGCCUCCACCACCUCUUGCUCAACCAGAGCACCUCCUACCUCGGUCACCGGAGGACCCCACCACCCAGCCACCGCAGGCUCCAUUUUCUUCCAUCACGCACACUCCCACUCCCAUUCCUCGUCCGACCACCUCUUCUCUCAGCCGGAAGGCAGAGGCUAUGCUCCCUACAACCACGCAUUCCACCCUCCUCCCCCGUCGCGACACACGCACAACUACCCCACUCCAGAGACCAUCACUCCACCAUCCUCGGUUCUCGGCGGAGGGACAGGGACCACCCCGCCGCCCUUUGUGUCGGGCGUCGACCACGUCGUCCGCCGGGCCUUGGCCGAGGUGCACGAGCUGGAGUUGAGUUUGCGCAACCGCGCGCGGGCGAUUCAGCAGUGGAGUGAGGAGGGUUUCUAGCCCCACCUUGCGCAAUUAGCGGAGAGGUGUGCUCUGCUCAGCUGCACUGGAUAGUUUCUCCUCGGCUGGGAAUUGAUUCUCCCUUGAUGUCCUGUAUUAUAAAAGGAUAGAUUGAUUAGAUAGUAGACGACGGGAUCAAUGGAUAAUCUUCGGAUAAUGCUGCCGUUCUGCCGGGUGUGACCGCCUAUGAAGUGGCCACGCAUCCCCAGUGCCCAGUGAAAGACAACGUCAUUUUGCGAUAGUUAGACUGAACCAGCCCAUCUGCAGUCGAA